AGUAUAUCCGCCGAAGAAGAGUAAAACAAGCAUGGCAGGGAACAUAAGCAACACUGCAGCUCCUAUAACUAGUUCUUUGACUAAAUUACACUCCUUAAAUGGAUUGUUUGCGAUAUAUAAGAAACAAGGGCCGACAUCGGCAGAUGUGUUAAACACACUCAAAGAAGUUUUACUCAAAGAGGCUGGGGUAAAAAACCCGAACCCGCGGAAGAGGAAGAAGCAGAGCCUGAAGAUGGGGCACGGAGGGACGCUGGACAGUGCUGCCAGUGGGGUGCUGGUUGUUGGUGUUGGGAACGGCACAAAGAUGCUCAGUAAAAUGUUGGCUGGUUCUAAGAAAUAUGUUGCUGUUGGGGAACUGGGCAAAGCAACAGAUACUCUUGAUGCCACUGGCAGUGUGACUCUGGAGAAAGGCUUUGAGCACAUUACCAGGUUAGACAUUGAGGAGAAACUGAAAGCUUUCACUGGUGACAUCAUGCAAGUUCCUCCACUCUACUCUGCACUCAAAAAAGAUGGCCAGCGUCUGUCGGUGCUGCUGAUGAAAGGUCACAAGGUUGAGGCCAAACCAGCCAGACCAGUCACUGUGUACAACCUGACCCUGCAGGACUUCACACCUCCUCUCUUCACUCUGGAUAUCGAGUGUGGAGGUGGAUUUUAUGUCAGGAGCUUAGUGGAUGACCUGGGGAAAGCUCUGUCGUCAUGUGCUCAUGUGAAGGAACUGACCCGCACUAAGCAGGGUCAGUUCACCCUGGAGGAGCACGCCUUACCGGAAGAGCAGUGGACUCUGGAGUACAUCCUGCGCUCUCUGCAGCCCUGCCCAGAGUCCGAGCAGGCUGCCAACUGUACACAGCCGCCAGAGGCUAACACCUGAAGAACACCUGAGAACAGUUGAGGAGCAGGACCCAGAGUGAAAAGAUGGAGUUGCUGUUGGUUAGUCAGGACUCACCAGUGAAGAGAACAUCCUGUCUAAACAUUGUCACGUUCUCCGGGAUGUUUUCAGGUGUGCUGAUGAGCAGAUGAACUGUGAUGGAAUGAGACAAAUGUCAAAACUAUGAUUGUUUCUCUCUGGACUCACUGGACCAGUGAAACCACUCCACACUUUAUGCCUGAUUUCUCCUCCACAUUCUAGUGAAUUCCAUCUGGUCUCUGCCUCGCCUGCUUUUUACGUUUUACUUACAUUUGUAAAAAAUUCCAGAUUGUCUAACAGCCCCACCCCAGCCUCUGUCUGCACCCACUCAGAUUGUUCUUAUAAUAAUGUAAUGUAGAAUGUAGAGCUAGGUAAUAGAAACACUAUACACAUCUGUCAAAAUUUAACCCUUUAAAAGCUGGAGCGGCAUCACUUUUCUUGUGCUGCUUUGAGACACCUUUCACAGUUAUUU